AUGGGCCUGGCCUGCACAUCCAGGCUGCUGUUGACCCUCACCCUCUACUUGCUGCUGUGCGCCGUCGCCUCGCGCCCCUGCGCUGCCGCCGCCGCUGCCUCGCACCACGCCGGGGGGCGCCUGGAGCCGCUCCCCCUAGACGACAGCCCGGCGCAGCGGCUGUUUGGCGUGCUUGGUGCGGAGGAGCCCUUGGAGGCGCAGGACUUGCGGCAGCUGAUCGCGCGGCUCAGGGACGCCUGCGGCGGCCCCCACCCCUCCGCGACGCACCAGCUGACUGUUGCUGGCAUCCUCCAGCAGUUCAGCAGGGGGGGCAGCGUUUUGGACGAGGGCGCCGCGCAGAGGGCCUGCACCGCAAUCAUGGCCUGCCAGCUGGACCAGUCGUGCCACCUCGGCGAUGCGCCCCCAGGCGGCGGCGGCGACGGCGGCCUGGUGACGCCGCAGCUGCGCGCUGUUGUGGCGGUCGGCCUGGGCCUGGAGGCCCUUCUCGGCAUCUACAUCCCCAUACUCUUGCGGUCCGUGGCCGGCUACGAGUGGUGGCUCAGUCUCCUCAACUGCUUCUCAGGCGGCGUCUUCGUGGCCGCAGGCCUAAUCCACUUGCUGCCCCACUGCCAAGAGUCCCAGCAGCGGCUGCCGGCGCUGGCCGGCGUAGAGUAUCCAUUGUAUCUCGUCCUCAUUGUUGGGGGCUACAUGCUGGUGCUGUUUGUGGAGCGAGUGCUCUUCAGCGUGCACGACGCCGCGCACGCCCACACACACACCGGCAUCGUCAGCCGCGUCAACAGCGGCGAGCUUCUGCUGGCGACGCCGGCGCCGGCGCCCGCGGCGCCUGCGCAGCGCGGCGAGGAGGGUGAGGGCCACCACGGCCAUGCGCACGCGGAGGGCGCCGCGUCCGCGUCGGCACCGGCGGGCGGGACGCCGGGCGUGGUAACCCGGCGCCAGGCCGCGGCGAUCGCCGCGGAGCAGCUGCAGAAGCCGCUGCUGCCCGCGGGCGGCGGCGACGACGGCCUGCCGCACGGGCACUCGCACUCGCACUCGCACGGCGGCGGCGGGCGCGGGCACUCGCAUGUGUGCCGGCACGGGCAUGAGGGGCCGGCGCCUGGACAUGGGGACCUGCGGCAGGGCAUAGUGCUGGUGGUGGCCAUGUCCGUGCACACGUUCUUGGAGUGCAUGGCGCUUGGUCUCAUGGACGGCCGCCGCGAGUUCUUCGUGCUGCUUGGCGCCAUCGCCAGCCACAAGCUCAUCAGCGGGCUGGCCCUGAGCUCGCGCUUCCUCAAGGAGGGCGCCACCAACCGCCAAGUACUCGUGGGCGUCGGCCCCUUUGUGCUGGUGGCGCCGUCCGCCAUCCUGCUGGGCGCGUUCGCGCGCGACGUGGACCCGAUGCUGACGCUGGUGCUGAGCUGCUUCGCGACGGGCACGUUCCUGUACGUCGGGAUGAGUGAGAUUGUGGAGGAGGAGUUUGAGGGUGACAUGCGCAGUGGGCGCACAGACAUAAGCCAGGUGUUUGCGCGGUGGGUCAAGUUCUGCUGCCUGCUGCUGGGCGUGGCCAUGAUCGCGCUCAUGGCAGCGCUGCCGGACGCACACGACCACGCGCACCAGGGCGCCCCCGGGCACGUCCAUGGCGGCCACGCCCACGCGCACGCCCACCAUCACCAUCAUCACCACCACUGA